UUUCCACAACGAGACAAAAUUCAAAGAUUGAAUAUAUAUAUAUUCUUAUCUCUGCUACUCACUUCCCAUUUCUUAUCUUAAAGUGGGAAUCUGGCGAUGGAUUAUUUCCAUUCAGUCACAGCAAUUCCAACUGUUGCAAUCAUUGCCUUUCCACUACUGUUUCUUUUCUCUUUCCUAUGGAUCUCAAGAAGAAACAAAAACUCGAAGAAAACAGCACCAGAAGCUGGUGGAGCAUGGCCUAUUAUUGGUCAUCUGCGCCUCUUAGGAGGGCCACAACCACCUCACAUAAGCUUGGCUAACAUGGCUGACAAAUAUGGAAGAAUGUUCGCUAUCAAGUUGGGUGUGCAUAGAGCUUUGGUGGUGAGCGAUUGGGAGAUUGCUAAAGAAUGUCUCACCACAAAUGAUAAAGCGUUUGCCUCUCGUCCAAAACUUGCAAGCUCGGAACUUUUGGCUUACAACAGAGCCAUGUUUGGCUUUGCACCGUAUGGACCUUAUUGGCGUCAUAUGCGCAAGAUAGCCACUAUUGAGCUCCUCUCCAAUCACCGACUCGAAUUACUUAAACAUGUAAGGGAAUCCGAGGUGAAGACAUCUCUGCAACAGUUGUACCAGCUGUGGAACAAGAAGAGAAUUGCUAACUCUGAUAAAGUAUUGGUAGAGAUGAAGGGAUGGUUCAAAGAAGUUACUCUGAACGUGAUUAUGAGGAUGAUUGUAGGGAAGCGAAUUCCAAAUUCCAGCGAAGGAGUUGAACAGUUGAAAUGGAAGAAGUCGAUGGAUGACUUCAUUGUACUAAGUGGAAAGUUCUUAAUAUCAGAUGCUUUGCCGUUUCUGAGAUGGUUGGACAUAUGUGGAGACAUGAAGUGCAUGAAGAAGACAGGGAAAGAAUUGGACCAAGUUGUGCAGGGAUGGCUACGAGAGCACAAGCAGAAAAGAGCUGAAAAUAAGGCAAAUGGUGAGGAAGAUUUCAUGGGAGUGAUGCUGUCUAUUCUCAGUGAUCGGGAGGAACACCAUGCUGAUACAAUCAACAAAGCCACUUGUCUCAGCCUUGUCUUAGCCGCGGAGGAUAGCACAUCAAUCACAUUGACAUGGGUCUUAUCUCUGCUACUCAAUAAUCGUGACAAAUUGAGUAAAGUCCAACAAGAACUAAAUGUUCACGUUGGUAAGGAUAGAUUACUUGUGACCGAAUCAGACACAAAAAACUUAGUGUACCUUCAAUCUAUCAUUAAGGAAACUCUACGCUUAUACCCUCCUGCUCCACUCUCCGUGAUCCAUGAAGCCAUGGAAGAUUGCACGGUUAAUGGAUACCAUGUUUCAGCUGGCACCUGGCUUAUUAUGAAUCUUUAUAAGAUUCAUCAUGAUCCACUUAUAUGGGCAAACCCUUUUGAAUUUCAACCUGAAAGAUUUAUGACUACUCACAAAGACAUUGAUGUGAGAGGACAGAAUUUUGAACUGAUUCCAUUUGGAAGUGGUAGAAGAAUGUGCCCUGGAGUUUCAUUUGCACUUCAAAUUUUGCUUUUUACACUAGCUAAUGUAUUGCAUUGGUUUGAGUUUGAGACUCCGUCAAACGAAGCUGUCGAUAUGAGUGAAGCACUUGGGUUAACGAAUUCUAAAGCAACUCCAUUAGAAGUUCAUAUAACUCCUCGCCUUCCUGUUUUUGUUUACGAUACCACUAACUAAUUGGUAUUAUAAUUUUAUUAUAAUAAAAUGAGUAGAAUUCAAUAAAUUUCGUACCAUAAUUGUCAUGUAAUUGUAUCAUAUGCAAGGUUUUUUUAUCCAAUUAAAUAUGUGAACUUAUCUUUAAA